AUGCAGGUGUUGUGUGGAAAUGGAGACAUGGUGGAUGUUCUUUGCGAAGACGAACCACAAGCACUGCACCGGAUGCUGACCACAAGUCGCUUGUUGCUGCAUGAAGCUGUUUCUCAAGAAGUUUUGGAUCAAUUGAAGGAUUCGACCUCGACUAACGGAAUGCUGAGUGAUGAGGAGUUUGCAGAGGACGCUGACAAGGAGACUCUUCAGGAGGAUGUUGGAUCGCCUGAGCCCGAACCCAGCGAGAAGUCGGACGACAAUGGCCUCCCGGAAGCGGAGAGUAUCGAGUAUUCGCUGCAUUUGGGUGCUACACCAUUGUUCUUAGCAUCUUUGGCCGGGCACAUUGGGGUGGUUCAGAUUCUUUUGCAGGCACAGGCUCAAGUGGAUUCUUGCCUGCAACUUCAGGAGCGAUGCUGUUGUGGCACCGCAAGAACAGAUUUCUGCAACAUCCAUGAUGGGAUGACGCCGAUGACUCCUCUGAUCGCCGCUGUGCAGCAGAUCCAUAUCCCCAUCGUGCAGUGUCUCUUGCAGGCCUUAGCCCAGAUCAAUGGGACCAUUCCUCAAGGUACCACGCCCUUACACUUUGCAGCUCAGACUGGAAACACAGACCUGGUACAAUUGCUGUGUCAGCACAUGGCCAAUGUGCGUAGCACUUCGCACACAGGAGAAUUUCCACUGAUGGCCGCCGCGCGGGAGAGCUUCACCGAUAUCAUCCAGAUUCUUCUCACAUACCGGGCGGAUGUGAAUCAAAGCAAGACGGACAGCGUUCAGGACACUGCCUUGACCAUGGCAGCUGAGUUUGGGCUUUGCUCCGUGGCGCAUGAACUUUGCAAAGCUCGGGCAGAUGUGAACAAAGCUCGGAUGGCAACGUCUGAGGGAGCAGCCGCUACAGCUAUGCUCAUCGCUGCUGAGAAUGGCCAUUCCGCCAUGGUUGAUCUCUUGGGAGUCUUCAAGGCGGAUCCCAACAAGGUGACCUCAGACGGCUUGACAUCCAUGGCCGUG